CCACUACCCACAUAUCUUGCRACAAAGCACUUCGACUCUCUUCUCCGUUUCUAAAGACAGACAGCAACAGAGCUUCAACAUGGUGUCCGGCGGAAAGCAGAUCCUSGGGAUGGUGUUGGCCUUUAUCGGCUUACUGGGGGCCAUCAUCAUCUGCGGUCUCCCAACCUGGAAAGUCACAGCCUUCAUCGGUUCCAACAUCGUCACCUCUCAGAUCAUCUGGGAGGGUUUGUGGAUGAACUGCGUGAUUCAGAGCACAGGCCAGAUGCAGUGCAAGGUCUAUGAUUCUCUUCUGGWGUUGCCUCAAGACCUGCAGGCCGCCAGAGCGCUCAUCAUCAUCGCCAUCCUCRUUGCAGUCCUCGGAGUCCUGCUGGGCGUGGUGGGAGGCAAGUGCACCAACUUCAUACCAGACGCAGAUCAAAAGAGCAGAGUGGCUGUUGCUGCGGGUAUCGUCUUCAUCAUCGCUGGCGUCUUGGUCCUCGUCCCCGUCUGCUGGACCGCCAACACAAUCAUUCGGGAUUUCUACAACCCAACCCUGAUUGAUGCUCAGAAGAGAGAGUUGGGGGCCUCCCUCUACAUUGGGUGGGGCACGGCGGCGCUGCUCUUCAUCGGCGGUGGGCUCCUCUGCGCCACAUGUCCCCCCAGGGACGAGAACGACUACAACUAUCGGUACUCCAAGGCUCGCUCUGUGGACACCAACAAGCAGCAAUACGUCUAGAGCCAGAACUGAGUCGGGUAAAGAUGAGCCAAGAUAAGAUUUGAUAAAAGUCUUAUGUUUAACUGUUGAAGAUGAGCCAAGAAACUGAACGAAACUGUGGCAGAAAGAAUGAAUGAAAUAUUGUUUGCUGUCUUCAURGGAAACAUUUAUAUUGUGAAAAGUGAAUUAACUGUAUUUAUAAACACAUAUAGAUAUGUAGAGAUGCUUUCAGACCAAAAAACAGCUUCAUUUUGGUUGUUGUUUUUUCGUUCCUGCAUCCUCAUCUGUUUUUUUGUUUAUUUGGACAAUGUGUAAGAUCUCUACUUAUGCAAAAUCUGAUCUGGAUAUUUAAUAAUCAUAUGUAAAUGUUGACAAUUAUGUGACUCUUUGCUGUUGUUUUUCUUGUUUUUCAUUUAUAAUCAAUAAUUAAAACUAUAGUCAGUGGUGA